AUGGACGUAGGCGAUGCGUCCUCGCCUGGCAGUCUAAGCUCGCCCCCACACUCGCCCGAGCAGGGCACGCCGACCUCGACGGUUCGCGCAUCUGCAGGUGGUGUUGGUGUUGGGACUAGCACCCCCACCCCUGCAAACGCGUCGCCGGCGACACAUGCGCGAGGCUUAACCGCCAGCGGCCAGCCACGCAAGAAGCCGGGGCCCAAGCCAAAGGCAAAAGACCAAAGUGCCCCUGAGCCAGAGAAGAAGACUAGGAAGCCGCGCAAGAGCGAGCCCAAAGACCUAAAUGCUGCUCCCAUCCAACGAAAGAGACGGACAAAGGCCUCCCUCGAGGCUCAGUCGCAGCCACAGCCUCAACCACCACCUCCUCCAGCACCAGCACCAGCACCCGCACCAGCACCCGCGCCCGCACCGGUUGUAGAAGAGAAACCACCUGUUCAGCAGUCGCCCACGCCACAGAGUAGACCCAGUGAGCCCGCACCUGUCUUGCAACCAGAACAGCCACCCGUUGUCACGCAACCCCCUCGCGUGCUGAGCAAUGCCGAACCCACGCUUCACAGCAAUCCAAACCUUUCACAUAUCAGUGCCACUCCCCCAGCACCACGCCCAUCGAGCUCAGGCCAGCGCUAUGAUCCAAUUCGAGGUGGCAUCUUCGAAUCCAAACCCCAGCCUGUAGCAAGUGCCCCUCCAUCAGUCUCACCACGACUCAAUCACCGUGCGAGUGCUUCUCCCUCCAUCACUAGUCUGAUCGACCCUCCAUCUGCCAGCAAUUCCUUCUACUCUCACCCCGUCAAGCUACCCCAGCAGACCUCAGUCACCUCGGCACCUGUUUCACCUGCGGCCUUCUCUACCCGCCCAGGGUCUGUCCUUCCUACCCAGGAAUAUCCACCUCAGCCUCCACCCCAACAACAGCAGCCACAACAAGAACAGGCCCCACUUCCAGUUCAGGCUCAAACACAUCCGGUUGCUCCAUCGGGACCGACCCCUAUGGAUAUCGACAGUGAGCCUAGCAAACCAGUAUCUGUACCCAUGACAAAAUCAAACUCUGCAAACUCCGGCACGCCUUCACAGUCGAAUGCUCCAACGCCACCCACCAAAGCCGCGCGUCAGAAAGAUGCCCCGCCACCAUUACCUACAGGCAGCGGCUUGUUGUCAGGAACCCCAUUUGGCCCGGUGGCCAACGCCAAUGGCACAUCCGAGACACAGGGCACUAACAUUUACCUCCACUUCGAUCUAAAGGGACGCGACAACGUGACCAUCAACGUUGCACAAGAGGUUGAGAAAAAAUACGGUUUUGCUGCUCUUCAUCCCCGCAUUGCUGCCCGCAAAGAGCGUCAACGCCAAAUCACAGCCGCUGGUGCUGCUCUUGAAAGAGCUGCAGGCGGAGGAUCAAACGACGACCUGUCCGUUGAUCUGUCUGAGAAUGAAAGCAAUGUUGAGAUGGGUGGCAUGGAUGAUGAAACAUCAGCCAAGGAGAAUGGAGGCAAGAAGCGAAGGAAGAGAAAGCAAGAAGACUACGACAAGGAGGACGACUUCAUCGAUGACACCGAGCUGGCCUGGGAGCAGCAAGCGCUCAUGGCAAAGGACGGCUUCUUUGUAUACAGCGGUCCGCUCGUUACUGAAGAGAAGCAACCAGUAGAGAGGGCUGAUGGCACCGUCAGACGUGGACGAGGCCGUGGACGCGGUGGCACAGUACGAGGAGAGACAUCAGGUCGUGGCCGUGGCCGCGGCGGGGGUCCUGGCUCUCGCGGUGGCUCCACUGUUCGUAAACCUCGUGUUACCAAGGCUGAUCGGGCUGCUAUGGAACAGGAAAAGGCUGCCCGCGAGUCUCUUGCGCAGACAAUCGCAACUAAACAGCCUCUCGCCACUCCCACUAACCAGACUGGCCAAGCUAGUGUGGCGUAA